AUGUCCCGCUGCUCUGAGCGCUUCCCAUCCCCUCUCCUCGUCCUCCGCCGCCCACCGCGCCCCCUUCCAGGUGCCUCGUCGGGCAGCGAAGCCAGGACUCUGGCAGAUUACUGCCAGAGGGCUCUGGUGUCUGGGGCCAGCGCGGACAGUCCCGGCGGCGCGGUGGCAAUGGCGGCGGCGGCGGCGUCAGUGGUGGAGGCGAUAGUUGGGAUAUUUCCACAGAUCACUCACACAUUUACUGGUCAAGGCAAAAGCGGGAUUGGAGUGUAUACACAAGAGUUGGGAAUAAAGGAGGUGCUGGGAAUGUACCUUACCAUUAACACAAUUGAGGCAUCAAAGAGACAGGCCGACCCAGCUGGUUAUGGGAGAACAAAAACAUUAGAUGAAGAUUGUCUGGUUUUGGUCGCAAUCUUUUGCAGUACAUAAUCCACGAACAUGGAAGAAUGUAGAACUGUGAAACUUGCAAAUGAUAAAUUGGAACUCGACGAAAUUGAAAUCUACCUGUUACACCAUUUAUGUCCCCAAAGAUUGUUAAACUCAAACGAAGAGUUAGCCACUUUCAAAGCCAAAUCAGACUUAUUUGUAAUACAUGAUGGCAAGUUAUAUUAUAAAUAUCGAGAAAAGAGGAAAAAAGGCAAGGUUCCUGAACUGUGCCGCGUCAUCAAAGAUAUUAAGGCGCAGAGACGGCUCGUAAAGAAUGCCCACAGGAAAAGAAAAAGCAAAUUAAAGAAAGGGAAAACAAUAAAAGGAAAGUUAGAAAGUACUAAAGUAUUUCGAAAAUUGCUUAAUUCUAAUGUGUGGUGGCCAAAUAUGCACAAAGAUGCUUGCGAGUACGUACGUAACUGCACCGAUUGCCUCAAGUGCGUUGCAAAUAAGUCUAAAAUUCUGCGCUCUAGCGCUCGCCUGCAAACUCGUUUCCGAGUGGUGAAGAAAUAUUUCAGGGAUUACCUGCAUGGCAGGAGGAGCGUAAGAGUACUGGCUAGGAAUCUGUACAAGGCGGAGCAGAGUUCAAGUGAAGGAGCUGGGCUGGGUUCUAACACUCGUGGAAGCGAGCGUCGCGGCAGGAAAGAUCAAACAGGAAAUUCUAAGGCAGGGAAAAGGCAAACUACCCAGCAUCCCUCGACCAGAGGGUUCGAAAGACGAAGUACCUCCGGCUAUGCAAUCCGUGAACAGACAGUUCAAAGAAAGCAGAGCGAAACACCAACACAAGAUGCCAAAUCCCCGGAAGAACGUCGAGCGUUAAAACCCAGUAGUGAGAAAAAACGAGAAUCGCUGCCUGUAGAAAAUUGCUCAAAACUUCCUAGUCCGGAAUUUAGAUUAUUAACUCAGAAUGCCUUAAAAAAUAAUG